CUGCUCUUCCAGACAAGAUAUAAAGGUGCAUGGAAUAUUCACUUUUGGUUGGGAGAAAAAGCGACAAGCGACGAAAUUGGUACAGCAGCGAUAAAAGCUGUAGAGAUGGAUGAAGCUAAGGGUGGUCUUCCUGUACAGUAUCGAGAAUUGCAAUUUCACGAGUCACCCUUGUUCUUGUCCUACUUCCCAGAUGGAAUCAGAUAUCUGGAGGGAGGCUGUGAAUCGGGAUAUCGUCAUGUUGAGGACAAACUGAAGGAUUUCAAGCCCCGCCUGUACCAUUGUAAAGGAAAGAGGAAUGUGCGAUGUGCACAGGUAGAAUGUAAGAAGGAGUCGCUGAAUCUUGGAGAUGUUUAUAUUUUGGACCUCGGACGCAUGAUUUACGUUUGGAUGCCUCCUGAAAGCGGUCGAUUGGAACGGAUAAAAGGUAUGAGUUGCGCAAAAAAUAUCGCUGAG